CCUAUCUCCAGAUAAGACAUAUCAUGAGAAGUCACUCUGCACAUGCUCAGUUUGGUGUGUAUUGCUACAGAGGGUUUUUUUUUUUUGGGAGAGUGCAUAUGAUCAGAACAGGGCCAAUCAGCACUGUCCAGACAGAGGUCAGGGGGUCUGCAUCCUCCUAGAGCAGAAAGAAAACUCCUCCUACAAGCUUUAACAAGUGCUCUGCUGGACACUGAUGAAGUCACAAGACUGCCCUAACUGCUGAUGAGAAAAGGUAUUUAGCAGUCUAUAUUUACUAAAAUAAAUGCACAUCCAUAUCCAUGCUCUGUGGGAGACCAGAUAUAGUGAAUGAGGGUCCUGG